CCGUAUGGCUGACAGUAUGCUGACAGUAAAAAAAUUACCCAUUCAGAAUAAACAUGCUGAUGGAUUAGCCAAUCACAACAUACUGACAGUCUACUCACGCAACUCCCGAAAACACCCAACAUAUCCCUCGAAAAGUAACUAGAGCCAGACGGCAGCCGUCACAGGAACUAAACUAUACUUUUAUAAACAGGUUGAGAACCUUUUCGUGUUCACUGAGCGCUCAUAGUGAGAAUCUGGAAAACGCCUAAGCUCCAAUAGGAUUUAUAAAAAAAAAUAUAUAUAUAUAUAACAUAUAUAAUUGAAGAUUUUAUUAAUUAUCCUGAUUUUAGACACAAUGGUGGCUCACACAGUGCUUUUGGACUUCACAGUCUCUUCAAAUGCAAUCGUAGAUUCCGAGAAGCGUUCCAAUUUAAAGUCAAAUAUUGCUAAUGUUUUGAAAGAACAUUUUGUUGGGUUAAAACCCUUGACAGAAUCUUAUGUCGAUGGAAGUUUACUUGUUCUGUAUACUGGACCAAGAGGCAGUUUAAUCACCAUCAGAGGAUAUCCAGAGGGUCUUAUCACCAUCAACAUCGAAUAUUACAAACGCGACGACGAGGAGGCCCUCUUGACAUUCGAGCAAUGGCGAUACUUGGAAGUCGAUGUUGCCCUGGCUUUGAACAGCCAACGCAGUAAACGUUUACCGCCUGUAAGACGAGGAACGAUAUAUGAUCUUUACCUGACGCUCUCAGAUGAGAGAUUACUCGAAUAUGACAUCGACCAUUUGGUAUUCGAAGCCAGAUCACCAUACCAAAAGGUACAAAUUGUACACUCCAAAUCUCUAGGAAAUCUUUUAGUUCUGGACGAAUUGCAAAAUAUGUCAGAGGCGGAUUUAAUUUAUACUGAAACGCUCAUGCAACGGGGUAAAGAAACUUAUGCGGGAAAAGAAAUAGUUAUUUUAGGAGGAGGAGAUGGAGGAUUACUGUGGGAGUUGUUAAAGGAAAAACCAAAGCACGUGACGAUGUUGGAGAUUGACGACAUUGUCAUGAAAGCCUGCAGUCAAUACAUGAGAAGUAUAUGUGGCGAUUGCUUGGACAAAAAAAAGACUGAUAAUUAUGAAAUUAUUGUUGGCGAUUGUGUGAAAACUUUGUCACACAUGAUAGAGGAAGGACGACAAUUUGAUUACGUCUUUGGUGAUUUAACAGACAUACCAAUUAGUUCAACACCACAUGGUGAUGCCUGGGAUUUUAUCAGAUUGAUUUUAAAUUCGUCGUUCAAAGUAUUAAAACCAACUGGAAAGUACAUGACGCACGGUAAUGGCGCAUCAUGUCCAGAAUCUUUGAAAAUGUUCGAGGAAGUAUUAAGUCAGCUGUCAGUGCCAGUGAAAUACACAAAAAGUAGCGCGUUUAUUCCAUCUUUUUUUGAAGAUUGGGUAUUUUAUCAAGUUUCGUUGAAAUGAUGGAUUAAAAUUACGACUAGGUUGUCGAAAUAUCUAGCGAAAUUCAUUCACAUUGUCUCAAGUUCUUUAUGACCUGAACUUCUUUUUAGUUUUAGUAUAUUUCAAUUAAUGAUAAUUAAUCCAUCGAUCAGUUCCUCUUAAAUGAAACCAUCUCUAAAAAUCUUGGUCCAAAGUUAUUUGAAUUCAAUCUAAUAUAAUAAACGGUUGCAAUAAAACGCCUUUGUAAAUAUAAGUAGGUAUUAUUAGAUUUCGAUAUAACUUUGUCAUGAAAUAUGUUUAUUUAUGACAAUAAAAAAAAAGUUAAAUAUUAAGUGUUGUGUGUAUGUUUUUCUUCUUUUUUAAAAACAAUUUGUUAACAAUUUUUUUAUGUUUAAUUACACUAAGAUUGACGUUUUUAAGAUAACUUUUUACUUUUAAUUUUUACCAAAAAAAUAUCUAAGGAACGUUUUAGAAACUAACUGUAAUGGAAUUGAGAAAAUUCCCCUCCCCUGUGAUUAUAAAAAAAAGCUUGCAUUGUAAUAGAAUCUACAGCAUUUGUAACAGUAUUUUGUAGUAUAAUAAUUAUUGUAGUUGUUAAAAUACAAAAAUAUUUUGCCUAUUAAUGCGAUUUAUAUUAUUUUUUAGUAAUGUUGUUUCUUCUUGCAGUUUUGAAAAACUGUCAAGUUCUGAAAUUUUAAUAUUAAGUUACGUUGUACAAAUAUAUAGAGAGAGCAUUAGGAUAUGAACAUGUGAUUUGAAUUUCGUAAGAUUCCUCUAAGAAUAAAGUAUUUAGUCAGUAUAUAUGAUAAUAAUAUAAUUACCCAUAUUAUCAGUACAAAAAUGUUUAACAUUUAAGCACAAUAGGUAAUCAGAAAGACAACCAAAGAUUUGUUUUCUUCGAAUUUUAAUGUAUUCUACAUAUAUCGCUUCUUUAUUAUAUUAUACACCUAUUUCUAUUGUAUAAUCAACAUCUUUCGUCCAAUCGAAACAUACAUUUGAUAGUACGGUGGGUUUCGCUUAUAGUAAGAUUCAAAGAGGCUUUAAAUUUUAUAACAAUUAUGAUUCAUUUUUUAAAUAUUACCAAUUACUAAUUGCAAUUUGAUCAAAUCAUUUUGCAAUUCAUUUGGUCUAAAGAAACUAUAAGUUUAUCAAUAAAAGAAAAACCUUCGUUCAUUAGAAACGACCUACAGAAAUAGAAGUGAAAUCAAAUGUACAAGUUUGUUAAAAAAAAUGUAAUCCGACCACAAGAGUUGCAGAUUUUUAUUGUAUUAUAAACAAAAUAAUUGCAAUGCACCGUCGCCAAUAAUCAAACAGUAAACUUUUCUUCUAAUACAGAUGUCCAAAUAUAUUGUACAAUGUACCUAUUUUUGCUGGGAAAAGUGUUUCUUUAUGGAAAAACAUUAAAUAAAUGGUAUUCGCCAAUUUUGUAAUGAAACUGAAUAUUAGUAAAAAAUUAAUCACUCAA